UCCUAAUCCUACUCCUAUUGUUAAUUUGAUUAACACGGAGAAGCUCAAACACACAAUAAAAGAUUGCCCUAUAAAAACCCUUUGUUCGUGACCAAAUCUCUUCUAAUACAUCAAAGUUGUGAUUCGUAAUUUCGGUUGGAAAAAAAAAAGGAAUGAGUUCGAUGAUAUUCUCCACAGUCCGUGGAAUAGGAUCGUUAUUAAAAUCUAAAACUUACGAUACGCCAAUAGAUGAAGCCGCCAAGGGCGACACAAAGGUAUUAUCAGUGUCCUGGAACCAGGACUGGAGCGGUUUCAGUGUCGGAACAGAACGUGGCUUCAAUGUAUACAGCUGCAACCCAAUCAAAGAAAGCAUCAGCCGCGAAACACACAAAUCCGGCUUCAAAAUCGUGGAGAUGCUCUUCCUCUCAAAUCUCUUCGCUCUUGUCGGCAACGGUUACAGCAACUCGGAGUAUCCUCCUAACAAAGUCUUCAUCUGGAAUGAUCAUACGAACAGCUGUUUCUGCGAGCUCGGUUUUAAAUCACAAGUUGUGGCGGUGAAACUGAGGAGAAAACACAUUGUGGUUGUCCUAGAAAGAAGUGUCUAUGUCUACAAUUUCACUAACCUCAAGGUUCAGUCUAUUAUCGAAACCGCUGUGAAUCCAAGAGGGCUCUGUUGCGUCUCUCAAGCUGAGGCGAAAGCAGUCAUGGCUUGCCCCGGGUUGCACCCGGGGCAAGUCCAGGUCCGUGACUUGAAAAGGAAUAUAGUCAAAGUCAUCAAAGCGCAUGAUUCUGAUAUUGCUUGCAUGAGUUUGACUCUUGAUGGAAGUUUGCUAGCUACUGCUAGCACCAAAGGAACACUGAUGAGGAUCUUUAACUCCCUUGAUGGUACUCUCUUACAAGAGUUUCGGAGAGGCAUGGAAAGAGUAGAGAUUUAUAGCGUUGCAAUCUCCUCUAAUUUGAAAUGGGUGGCUGCGUCGAGUGAGAAAGGGACUCUCCAUGUGUUUCAUCUAAGACCUGACAUUCUUAGUUCACCAAAAGACAUCAAUCACGCUUCAUCAUUGUCGUUAAUAAGAGGGAUAUUGCCAAUGUAUUCUUAUGGCAAUGAACGGUCGUUUGCUCAGUUCUCGUUGCCGGUUUCAACCAAGUUCAUUGUAGGUUUUGGACCAGAGAACACAGUUCUACUUGUAGGCAUCGAUGGAAGUUUCCGAAGAUGCAGGUUUGAUGGAGAAGGAGGGCAGAUGGUGGAGUUGGAACACAAACACUUCUUCUCCUUAACACAAACAGAAGAAGCAGUGGUUGUGAUGUGACCAACACAACACAUUUUUGUUCUUCUCUUUUUCUAGAUUUUGUGAUUUUGGUCUUACCAAUAAAUGUUGAUGUUGCUUAUAGAUUAUGACUUGCACCGUACGAAACCGAUGGGAACUAUCUUGUUUUACAUUAUAUCAAUUUUAUAGUUGAUAUCUUUAUAUUUUGUAACGCUAUUAUACUAUAUUUGUAAUGUAUCUGAUUUAUAUCAAAUAUUCUUACACAUUAUAUAGAAAAGGCUAUUGAUAAGAUGGAAGAAAAGAAAGAUAGAUGGUAUGAUUGAUGUGAUCCGAUCAAGUCACUUGGAACGCUUGGAGAUGUUCAUAGAGAUGCCAUUGGGGAAGAGAGCACCUGGUACCCGAAUCACCUCGCAGUCUUUGGAUAAGGAGAAAUCGUAAGUGGUGACAAGAUGAUGAAUGAAAAGUGAAAUCUGAAGCCUUGCAUACUCUGAACCAGCGCACUGUCUGGUUCCUGCUCCAAACACCAUGAACGUUUUAGACCCAGACCGCAACUCCUUCCCCUAUCCAUCAUAUUUAUCAUCAGGGUGUAUAUAAAUAUAUUCUAGAAUAUCAUAUAUUAAAACUUUAGGAUUUGAAAAAUAUAAAUAUAAUAUAUGUUAUUUUUACAUAGACUAGAGUAACUGUUAAUACCUCCCAUCUCCACGGAUUAAACUCAAAUGGAUUAUCAUAAAUUUCAGGGUCAAAAUGAACCAGUGAAGGUAUAACCAACACUAUCCAGUCUGCUGGAAUCGUAUAUCCUGUUGGGACCAAAAAAUUAUGUUAGCAAAAAGAAACUUUUUAACAAAAAUCUAUAUGUAUACUAGGGAUAGACACUAGUUACUUGUAAGAUUUGAAAUUUAAUGGAUUUUUUUUUCUCUCGUGUAGGCUUUAUCACCUUUUAUAAGUGGACUUUGCUUAUUAAUCCAUUUAAAAAAAAAAAAAAAAUACAAUGCAAUGCAAAAAAAAUAUUUUAACGGCUAACAAAUAUUUCUUAAGAAGUAAUAUAUAUCUUUUGAACGAAUAAUGAAUAAAA